CUCACUUCGUGCACGAGUUUGCUUAAGUCUACCGACUGGCCACUACUUGACCGUACCUGAUUACAAGGGGACUUCAAACAUCACGAAACAACAAUUAAGACAUCGUAUCAAGGCUAAGGAGGAUGGCCGCGGCAACAGCCAAACUUUUAGCAGCUGCGUUGUUGGGUGCGAGCUUGUUAUGUACAGCGGUGCAAGCACAAGAAGUCAACCCCUCUAGUUACCUGGCGAGUCAGGUCAACGAGCCCAAGUAUACAAUUCAGGAAGUCUGGGGAGCGCAUAAGCACCUCAAUAACUUCCGGGAGAUAGACAUGGCAGCAAAGGACACGUUCGUGGCGUUGCCCCGGGAGUACAGCAGCACCCACCGCAACCCGUGCUGGGAGCAGGAGGGCGCGUUCAAGUGCCUGCCCUACUUCCAGAUCCUGGGCGUGUCCAAAUGCGGCACCACCGACCUGUACAACCGCCUGACGGAGCACCCCGACAUGGUGGACUGCACUUGGAAGGGCCCCCACUUCUGGGAUGAGGCUGCUUAUCCGGUGCGUGUGAAGCGGGCGCCGGGGCGCUACGACGGCUCGUUCCCCGCCUACAUCGGCAUCUUCGACAAGCCGGCCCAGAAGAUCAAGGCCAAUCCCAACGCCAUCACCGGCGAGGCCUCGUCCAACACCUUCACCGCCGUGUGGUCGCACUUGCGCGGCCGCACGCUGACCAAGCGCAUCAACGCCACACUGGCGGAGUACCUGUGGGAGGCCACGCCCUACGCCCGCUACAUCGUCAUGUUCCGAGAUCCGGUCACCCGGUACCGCUCAGCCUUCUUCUACUACCGCACCAAGUCCCUGCCCAAGGCCACGGACAAGGAGUUCCUGGACCGCGUCAAGGAGGACAUCGCGGAGUGGGAGAACUGCCUGUCCUCGAACAGCAAGCUCUACUGCCUCAAGAUGUACACGCCGCAGCAGCUGGUGAAGGGCAUGUACGCCGACUUCCUGCCGGCCUGGCUGGCGGUGUGGCCGCGCGACCGCUUCCUGUUCUUCCGCACCGAGGACUACAAGGCGGCGCCCGUGCCGCACAUCACAGCAACCAUGAAGUUCCUAGGCCUCCGUGACCUGCAAGAGAGCGAGAUGAAAAGCAUCCUGGAGCUCCAAGCCAAGAACACGCAGUCUUCCAAGUACGACGACAGCACGUUGAGCCCUGAGCUGAAGGAGGCGUACAAGACCCUGCAGGACUUCUACCGGCCCUACAACCAAGCUCUAUCCAAGGCAUUCGGGGACGACCCCCGGUGGCUGUGGGGCUACUGAAGCAGCAGCUGAAUGACUGAGCGUCAGCUUGUUUCGUAGCAAACCGCGGCACUGUUGCAGUACUGAAAUAGAUUUAGGGCCUUGGCUGAGUGCGUGAAGCGACAGGAGGCAGGGGUAUGAGACGGUGUGCUUCGGCGGCGCUGGCGUCAGGAGAGAGUGCGUGAUCACGAAAGUCGUGCAAGCGGCACAUGGACGCGUGGGAAUGUGGGUUGAAGGUGAGGCUCUGCGCAAGUGUGGUAGUGACGGCCUUGCCUGCGUGACCAGGACCUUGCGGGCUUCAUACCACAUCUGGGAAUUCUGGGAUUGAUAGGUAUUGCCCUUAUGACAACCAAAACGCUGCGGUAGGGCAGACGCCAGGAGCGGGAUGGAGGAGCGGGGCCGUACCUCGGACAGAGGUUGAUUACAGGCCACCCCGCCAGCGGACUGUCGUCACUGCCCAGGCGACCGGGGGCAUCCGAGGCGAGGGCAUCUGAGGCUCUCUCGCGCUCGCCGCGUCCCCUCACGAAGCAUCAAUGUGUUUGGUCUUCGCCUAGAACAGGCGACAGCAGGAACGGUGUAAGUGGGCUGGCGCUGCACAAACAGUCUGACAGCCAAGGAGUGCACAUUGUGUCAACAUAUUAAACAGUCGGAUUCCCUUGUCCGUACCAGUUCUGAGUGCACAGCCAAGGAGUGCCCAGCGCGCGUACGUUCACACUGCGUAUCAAUAUGUAAUAUGCGUAUUGAGUACUAGUACGUCAAUAACAAGUAGUAGUACGCUUGAAAAUACGUUCUUGUUUAGGUGCGUUGAGUGCGGCGUCGGAUUGGAUAGGAGUUAGGCUUCGAAGCUUCACCCUGUCCCCCGAUGGUAUCAAUGUGCGCCCGGGAUGAUAUGCGCCAUCAUAAACAAGAUACGGCAACUUCAUU